UCACCCGACUCUCUCGCCGACCCGGCCAUGUAUUCCCCAGCACGCCCGUUUCUUUGUUUGUGAAAUAGGUACUCUGCGUGGAUGCUGGCCACUUGAAGGGCGACUGGAACGGUAUGAUGCUGGUCGCGACGGGCACGGACGCCGACACCAAGCUGGUGCACGUUGCGACCAGCAUCUGCGACAAGGAGAACACCGACAACUACUCGUGGUUCUACUUGAUGAUGAAGAACAACGUCGACAUGGCGGAGGUACUCAACAGCCCGAAGACCACCCUCUUCACGGACAAGCACAAGUCGCACGAACCUGCCAUCACCCUUCACGCGCCCAACACUGUGUGGAGGUGGUGCCUUCGUCAUCACAUCAAAGCACUUCCCGAGGCCCCUGGACAGACUGUGACCCACUGGCUCUACCACGCAGCCAGGGCGCCAACCCGCACCAAGUUCAUGGACACCAAGGUCAAGCCAACGAAGCCGAAAGCCUACGCCGCUCUAUUGGACCCGAACAAACCCCACGAACUUGUCAAGUGGACGCACCACGCUGGACCCACCGACACAGCCAUCGGGGGUGUCGUGUCGUCCAACGCGGCCGAGCAAAACAUGGUUAUGGUAGGCCUGCAGCGUGGGGAGGAAGUUGCCGCCCUACAUAUGGCCCAGCACAUCCUGGACAAGACCGCCUCCCAGAUGGCAGAAAGGGCUGAACGCGUCAACAGCGCCUCGCAGAGGUUUACCCCUUUCGCCGCUAAGGAGUUCGAGGCUCAGCGCGCGAAGUCCAGCAACCUGCACUCCAGCGCCACCGGGAACGGCAACUUCACUGUUCGCAAACUAGGCAGCAAUUACGGCAACCGAGCGGGGCUGGAGUUCGGGACAGAUGGCGUGGUGACUCGCAUGACCUGCACGUGCGGCUACACGACUCGAUUCAAGAUCCCGUGCUGCGAUAUCAUCGCCGUCGGGCGAGCGUUGGACAAGUCCGACGAGAUGAUGUCAAACAUCGACCCGGCCUACCACCUCGACACCUACCGAGCCCUGUACGCGGACAGCCGGUUCGAGGUGCAGCUGCCGGUGCCUGAUGAGCUGGCGGUUGACGUGGACAUUCUUCCUCCGGCCUGGGUGCCCAACCAGGCUGGUCGCCCCAAGAAAAAGGGGCCCUCGAGGACGAAGAGGAUCCCAUCCAGGGGAGAGCACGCUUCGUCGUCCUCCUACAACGUCCGCCUGAUGCCCGCCCUGUCUGAGGGCGCGCCUGCAUCGUAGAAGGGAGCGCCCGUAUCGUCGGAGGGAGCGCCCGCAUCGUCGCAGGGAGCGCCCACCUUGUCUCAGGGAGCUCCCGCCCUGUCGCAGGGCGGCGUGCAGUCUGGUGUUAUCUCCGUUGACUAGAUGGGUAACAAGUACCUCGCGUUUCGUGACCUCGGAGUUUGCUGUUUUCGACCACCAUUGUCCGUUGUGCUGUCGCUCUUGCUGUGUCUUCUUUAAGUUCCUCGGUAACGUUUCCUCGUGUUGUGAUUUUACGGAGGGAUGGGCCGGUGAAGUGGCUGAGCAGCGGCGGUACUGGCCUGGCAUGGCAUGGCCUAGCCCGCCUUGUUUGGGUUGAGAAAUUCCGGGCAUGAAUCUCACGCGAGUUGUCGCAUGGUGGUGUCGGGCUGUUGAUUUUUGACUGUUGGGUGUGCGAGGUGACCGGCCUCCCUUCACACAAGCACGGCGGUCAGUUCGCUGUAGCGCCAACCUAGUGGGGGCACGAUUUUGCGUCUCUGACGGUUGUUUUGUUUGGGUAGCUUUGACAGGAAUAAUCCAUUGUCUCGACUAGGAGCGCUGUGCGUUUUUUUGUCUCGAGUUUCGUGUGUCAUUUCCGAACUCUUCGUUCUGUUCCGGGGUCGUUUAUCGUUUCACCUUUUCAUUCUGUUUUUGGUCCAUCCGUCUUGUUUAUUUCGUGCCAUCUUCGCCUCUUCAGUCGGUCCACGUUAGAUAUCUGCUGACAGUUGGAUCAUCAGAUGGAACCAGAAAGAAAGCUUUUAUCGCCAAUACGAGGGACGGUACGUGUUGAUCCUGUGUUUC